AUGGCACCUUCUUCAACUGUUGAUGAUACAUCUACGGGAACAACUGUUGUCUCCAUUGAUGCAACUCAUCCUUAUUUUCUCCAUGCCUCCGAUGCUCCAGGAAUGGUUCUGGUCAAUACCCCUUUUGAUGGACGUGGUUAUCCUGGAUGGAGGAGAUCUAUUUUGAUCUCUCUUUCAGCCAAAAACAAGCUGGGGUUCAUCGAUGGGUCAUGUCCAACCCCAGCUCUCACUGCCACUGAUUUCAAAACCUGGAGCAGAUGCAACGACAUGGUUACAUGCUGGUUGUUGAACUCUCUCUCCAAAGUAAUAGCUGACAGUGUCCUUUACUUAAAGACUGCAAAAGACCUUUGGAUAGAUCUGGAGCAUAGGUUUGGUCAGCCUAAUGGUGCUAAGCUGUAUCACCUGCAAAAAGCUCUCGCAGAUUUAGUUCAAGGUUCACUUGACAUAGCUGGUUACUUCACAAAAAUGAAAGGAUUAUGGGAUGAGCUGGACACUCUCAACAGCAAUAGGAUCUGCUCUUGCGACUGUAAUUGUGGUGGAAAACAAAAAAUGUUGCAAUUCAAAGAAAAUGAAAGGCUCAUUCAAUUCCUUAUGGGAUUGAAUGAGGCCUAUGGACCAGCAAGAAGUAACAUCCUAAUGAUUAACCCUUUACCAACCGUUAACCAUGCCUAUUCCCUAUUGAUGCAAGAUGAGAACCAAAGAGAGAUACAUGUCAACACACACUUCUCAGGAGAUGGUUCUUCAUUUCUGGCAGGAAACACACAGCAUACUACACAACUAUCUCCAGGAAAUCAGUUCUUCACACAGCAGAAAAAUGGAAGCACUGCUAACAAAGGAAAUAAUGUCUACAAAGGAAAGAGAAAUGUCCAGAUGUGUUCCUAUUGCAAGAUGACCAAUCAUACAGUUGAAAAUUGUUAUAGACUCAUAGGUUUCCCAACCAAUUUCAAGUUCACAAAGACUAAGAAAUUUCAAGGUCCUGUGAGGGGAAAUUCUGCUGCAGCUAUGGAUCAACCAGAGGGAGCUAAUAACAAUAUCACUGAAGGUCCUCAGUUUGCACAACAAUUGUCAUCAGAACAAUUCACUCAGCUGGUUUCUCUCCUAAACCAGAUUCAAGUGGGAAAACCUGCUGAAGUUAAUGCUAACUCAGCAGCUGGUAUAUUCCUUACAAACUCUGUCUCUUGUUAUUCCUUAGCUAAUUCAAAUUCAAGUUCCCGGAUCAUAGAUUCUGGAGCAUCUGAGCAUAUGUGCUUUAAUUCUGAGUCUUUCCAAUUUCUGUUUCCCCUUUCUACUCCAUUACUUGUCAAGAUACCUAAUUCUUCAAAGGGCCCUCUCAUGAAGAGCCCCCAAGUUUUUGGUAAAGCUAAGGAUGGUCUUUAUCUUUUGGAGCCUAGUAUAGCAAAGUCUAGUAGUCUCUCUUCAGCAGUUGUAGUUCCUUUACCUAAAAAAUGUCAUUCUCAUUCUGUUUCAGUUAGUUUACCUAUUUCUGCAAGAACAAAAUCUGAUGUAAAGUUAUGGCAUUUUGCUUCAAAGGUUAACGUUAUAAGAUCAGAUAAUGCUCUAGAAUUAGGGAAGGGUACAGUAGAAUCUGCAUUUCUGAUUUCACAGGGCAUUUUACAUCAAAGAUCAUGUGUGGCCACACCUCAACAGAAUAGGCUUGUUGAGAGGAAGCACAGGCACCUUCUAGAGAUUGCUAGAGCAUUACUGUUUCAAUCUAAGCUUCCUAUUUGCUACUGGGGAGAAUGUAUUUUGACUGCUACUUUUCUUAUCAAUCGAUUUCCUUCUAGGGUUCUUCAAGGAAAAACUCCUUAUGAACUACUGUUUUCUGAGCCACCCUCUUAUCAUUUUCUUAAAUCUUUUGGAUGUUUAUGUUAUGUUUCCACUUUAUCUCACAACAGGAGCAAAUUUGAGCCUAGGGCAAAGGCUUGUGUCUUCUUAGGAUAUCCUACUGGGCAAAAGGGAUACAAAGUAUUGGAUGUGGAAACUAAGAAGGUUUUUGUUUCAAGGGAUGUCAAAUUCUGUGAAGACAUCUUUCCCUUUUCCUCUUCCUCUUCUGACACUGCUUCACUUUUGUUUCCCUCCCCUGCUCCCUCAGAUAAUUCUGCCCCAUCUGCACUUUUUGAUUCUACUCCUAUCUCACACCCCAGCUCACCUCCCUCACCUGUACAUUCUCCAUUACCCUCACAGCCUGCUUCCCCACCUACUUCUCAUAUUUCUCCCAUAUUACCUAAUCCCAUCUCUCCUUCUCCACUAUUCACCCAGGCUGUUGGGCUCAGAAGGUCUCAGAGACCCAAUUUAGGUACUAAGCGUAAUCAUCUAAAGGAUUAUGUUUGCAAUAACAUUUACCUCACUGAUCUUACCACCUCUUGCCUUGCUACUCCAUCUACACCUCCUGUCUUUUCUUUUCAUGCUCUCUCUACUCAAAGUCAGCAUAUUCUCAAUUCUCCUUCACCUAUCAUAGAACCUACUAGUUAUUCCCAAGCUAGUUCUCAUGCAGGAUGGAAACAAGCAAUGGAUGCAGAGAUUGAGGCUUUAGAAUCUAAUCAAACAUGGGAUGUUGUUAUUCUUCCUCCUGGAAAGAAAGCUUUACCAUGCAAAUGGGUCUAUAAGGUGAAAUAA